AUGCUGGCCACGGGAGGAUCAAUCGCCAGACGGUUAAUCCACUCUUCGUGUCGAUUGGCUUGCGAAGGAAAAACCAAAGAAGUUCCGAGCCCAGAAGAGGCCGGCUACGCCUACAAUCAUGUUGAACGAAAAAAGGGAAUGUACAAGCCACAACACAGUAUUGCCGAGCAAAUUUCGUACAUGAAAAGUCGAGCCUACGCGGAGGCUUACAAAGGACUUCCAAUCUAUAGAUGGUACAAGAGAAAUAUCAAAGGACAAUCAAAGCUUCAACCACCACCGAGACUCUUCUGUAUCGACAAACACGGGCGGUUCAAUCUGAAUCACGCCUGUCCAGUAUGUCGUGACGAAUACCUUUACUUUGACUACCGCAACCCAUCUCUCAUCGAGCAAUUCCUGGCUGACGGCACAGAUCAACCAAUCGACAUUCUGAAAAGCGGUCUAUGUCGUGAGCAGUACACACUUCUCCGUGCGCAACUUCUGAAGGCUCGAGAACACGGAACGAUCACUUUUGGAGUGGAAUUCCGAAAUUUCGACUAUCGUCAAUGGUACAAAAGUUGGACAGAGGAACCAGGGAAGCCGGUGGAGAGAGCCGGUGUACGUCUUCAAGAUAUCCAUCCGGACCCACUUGUACACUUUCCAACGUUCAAAAAUGACAAGAACAACGAUUGGGAUCAGUGGUGGAUUCGACACGACAAAUUUGCGAAGAAGGCUAAAUAA